UCACAUUUGCGCUUGCAUUGGUUGUCUGCUACUUGGCAGUUGCUUACGGUCGGUCUGUCGAACCAUGGGCACUGAUUCCGGAUGGCGCAGGUAACAUGCACAUGGUGAACAUCGAUCCCGUCAAUAUUCCUGAAGGAGAAAAUGAAGUUGAACCACAUUUCAACCCGGAAGCCGACGUGGUCUUCCGAAUGUUCACUAGACGUAAUCCAGUUCACGCACAGACUAUCAGUUGGGAUGACCCAUCCUCAAUUUCCAACUCCAACUUCAACCCGGAUCAUCCCACUCGGUUUUUGAUCCAUGGUUGGGUUGAAGGCCAAGAUGCCACCCUGCAUUGGGUUAUCAAGGACCACUUCAUGCGCGUCGGUGACUUCAACGUCAUCAAUGUGGACUGGGGUGCAGGUGCGCAAACUAUCAACUACAUUGCCGCCCGUAACCGUGUCGGAGGAGUUGGAAUGAUUGUGUCCCGAGUUAUUGACGUGAUUCGUGCUACUACUGGGCAGUCGCUGGAUUUGAUCAACGUCAUUGGAUUCAGUCUGGGAGGACAUGCCGCUGGUAACGCUGGAAAGGGUCAGAAUGGUCAGUUGAACUCGGUCAUCGCUCUAGAUCCUGCUGGUCCGUUGUUCUCAGCUGGACAGGCCGACAUAUUGGCUGCCAGUGACGCAGUGUACACAGAAGCCAUCUACACCAAUGCUGGCAACCUUGCUUUCGAUGCUCCAUUAGCCCAGGCAAACUUUUACCCGAAUGGUGGACGUUCGCAGGCAGGAUGCCUCACUUCGAUUUGUGAUCACAAUCGAGUCAACGAGCUGUUUGCAGAGUCAGUUUCCACUGAUAAUCACUUCAUUGCCAUGCAAUGUGCUAAUUACCAGGAAAUUUUGAACGGUGUGUGCACUGUCGGGUCGUACGCCAAGAUGGGUGGUGAACCUUCGAAUCGAGGACGUGGAGUUAGCGGAGUGUUCUAUCUGCGCACGAACUCAGCAUCGCCAUUCGCUAGAGGCUAAAAUGCAAUAUGAAAUGCAUGCAAUACAGAGCAAUGCAAUAUGAAAUAUUUUAUAAUAUUUAUGAGAUUUUUAUGUGAUAUUUACUAAUUAUAAUAUUAAAUAUGAACUGAAA